AUGCCUCGUCAGAUUACCAACUUUUCUGGCGCGUGCGCGCGUUGUCGUGCUAAGAAGCUCAAGUGCGAUAAAGAUGCUCGAGUCUGCUCCAACUGUCACCGCGCAAAGACUUCCUGCAUCGAGAUUGAUCCGGUCUCGGGGGAGCAAUACGAGAGAGGAUACAUCGAAGACUUAAAGGCGCGAGCAGCCUAUCUUCGAGCCGCCUAUCUUGAAGCUCAAGGCAACAGACCAUUUGCGCAGGCCGUACGCACCAAUGACUCGACUCCUCUUGAGCUUCAAGGGCACGGCAUCUCGCCAAACGUCAGAUCUAUUGCCGGGUCUUCAUCCAAAGCUACAGGAACUCCCAAAUUCACCGACGGCAGUAUAUUUAGCCUUGGACACCUAGUAGCAGCCGCGCUGUCCACGCACUUUUCCCAGGGAACUGGAUUCCAAGCAGGGUCACUGCUGCAGCCUCAAACUGAUGGCAUUGAAAUCUCGUUGAGUGACGAGGACAACCUACCACCUCUCUCGGAGGCCUGUGAUCUGACUGAUGCCUAUUUUGAGAUUGGCUUCCACAGGGUCUCUCCUUUUAUGAGUAAAAGUCGGGCAUACGAGCAGAUUGAACGCUUGUAUGACAAUCGCUCUGCCUCGAGUUCCCCCUUGGAAAGAAAAAAUGACUUGUACCAGCUAUUCAUGAUUUUUGCUGUUGGGCUACCAUUUUCGAGACGACCAUCAUCAAGUAAAUCUCCAAUCCAUUACUAUGCUUCCGCCAUGCAAUAUGCCGAAGAGGUCUUGUCACUCACAGAUGGCGAGACACAAAUACAAAACACUCUGCUACUCCUUGUUUUCGCUCACCAGCACGCUACUGGGAUCGGUAGCAGAUGGAAACUCGCGAGACAGGCCAUGAGGACGUGUAUUCAGCUCGGAUACCAUAGGGCUCCCUCCAACCCGCUAGAUGCGGUAACCGAACAAAGGCGCAGACGGCUGUUUUGGUGCUGCUACGUCCAGGAGCGAUUUGCUGCAUGCGGUUUGGGACGGCCUAUAGCAAUUGCGGAUCAUGAUAUUACCGUUGAGAUGCCCGACUACGUCUGUCUAGAUGACCUGGAAAAGGGGCUUGACACAAGUAUACCUAAUGGAGCCGAGGUUGCUGUACUCAUCCGACAAUCUCAACUGCGAAGAAUCUCGACAAAGGUCCGCGAACAGCUCUACGCAAGACGUACAAACGACAGCUUCCAAGCCAAGGCAGAGGCCGCUACUCUCCUCUAUGCAGAGCUCGAACAGUGGCGCCUUUUACACGAAGAAACAAGCACCAUCUCUCAUUCUCCAUGUAUCUUUCUGACAAAAGAGUACAUGGAAGUCAACUUUCAUCGAGAGAAGCUCUUUAUUUUCUCUACAUUAGUCGUGCCUACCGGGCAGGAGGCGCAUUUGUUUAAGCCUGAUGUGACAUAUCUCAGGCAUUGCUUAGACCCAGCCGUUCAAAUUAUCUUCCUUUACCAAACUCUGUUGGCUAAGGGUGUCAAGAUGACAUUAUGGACAUGGAUACAAGAUAUACUACGCUCAGGGUUCAUGAUUCUAUACUGUGGAAUCCACACAUCAAACAUUCUCAGCGGCCAAAACGAAGCCGCUGCUUCUUCCAUAGCCACAAACCAGAUCCCGGAACCUCAAUCAAUCAUAAAAGCCCUCGACGACUGUCGACAGAUGCUAAAAGACAUUUCUCUAAAGUGGUCGGCAGUGACUCCACACUGGGUGGCAUUUGACCGGCUGUCCUGCGACGUGAGGAAAUUAAUCGAGAAUAGCUCAUCCCCGGGAGCGAUUCUGGGUGGACAAGGUGCGGGGAGCAACGAUAUGUCUGUGAACCAGACGAUGAACCAGGGCCUUUGGGAUGUGCCGAUGGAUAUGUCGUACUGGGAUGAUUUGUUGGAUGGGGACAUGAAUAUGAACGAGGUGUUUGGGUUUGAUAUGAACACCUUUGCGUGA